AUGCGUACCCAUUUCUCUGCUCGACUGAACCCUGACCCCGAGCCUUUGAACGGAGAUACUCCUCGAGACUCACCCACUUCCAAGGCCCCUGUUGAAGGCGAUGACCAAGAUGAAAGUGCUACUACUCUGGAGUCCCAGAAUACUACGGAAGCCCCAACGACUGCAGCUACUCUCCCCAAGACAACUGGUCAAAGUGCUCCUACUGAGGUUAGAACCUGCUCUCCCAGUGAUCGUACCACAGUCAAACAGGAGCGUAAGAUUCUCGGAGAACGCAUCGCCCACCAACUGCUAGCCAACAAACGACUCCGGGAUGAGCGUGGCGAACUCUGGAAAAAAUUGGACAAACUUGAGCAGCGCAUCCACGGGCACCAGGAAAUGAUGGGCAGCAACGAGGAAAACAGUGGAAUGGUUCAACUUAGGAUGGAGUUGUGUGAGGAACUUCAGUUCAAGCUCUCUGGCAUGCAUGAUGAUCUGGGAAAGAACCGUCUCGAGUUGGAUGAGAGCACACUCAAAGUUGAUCAGCUUCUGAAAGAGAAAGUGGCGUUGGCUGGGUGA